CCAACUCCUUACUAAAGCAGCAGAUUUGGGAAAUUUGAAAGCUAUGGAAAAACUUGCUGCUGCAUUGCUGUUUGGUUAUCAUAUUCCUCAAAAUAUAACUGCAGCUGUGGCUUUAUAUGAAACUUUGGCUGAAAAAGGAUCUCAUAAAGGCCAAACUGUAUUAGGAUUUAUGUCUUCAUAUGGCAUAGGAGUGGAGUAUAAUCAAGCCAAGGCACUUCUGUAUUAUACAUUUGGAAGUCUUGGAGGAAACUUGAUAUCUCAAAUGAUUUUGGGAUAUCGUUAUUGGUUAGGAAUCAACGUUCCAAGGAACUGUGAAGCAGCAUUAACUAAUUAUAAGAAAGUGGCAAAAUUUAUUGCUGAUAAAUUAGGAAAACAUGAUGACAUGCCAGUAGAAAAAAUGAGACUGAUGGAAAGAUCAGAAAAUAUGAGUUACAACAAUGUCUUCUUAGAUUGGGAUGUACAACAAUACUACAAGUUUUUGGCUAAAAGAGGAGACACACAGAUACAGGUGUAUCUUGGACAAUUACAUCUUGUAGGAAGGAAGGGAGUAGAAAAAGAUCAUUCUAAAGCUUUCUACUACUUCCUAAAGGCGGCAAAAGCAGGGAAUGCUAAUGGUAUGGCAUUCCUGGGAAAGAUGUUUUUAGAAGGAAGUGUUGCUGUGAUACAGAGUAAUGCUACGGCAUUUAAAUACUUCACAAUGGCAGCUGAAAAGGGCAAUGCUGUUGGAAUAUGGGGACUAGGUCUUCUUUAUUUCCAGGGAAGAGGAGUCCCAUUGAACUACACUGUAGCUUUUAAGUACUUUGAAGAAGCCGCUGAGAAAGGUCUGGCAGAUGCACAGCUCCAGCUAGGAAUCAUGUAUCACUCUGGCACUGGAGUCAAGAAAGACUAUAAGCUUGCUUUCAAAUAUUUUUACGUGGCAUCUCAAAAUGGGCAACCCAUUGCUGUUUAUUACUUGGGCCAGAUGUACGCUGCAGGAACAGGAGUGUUUAGAUCAUGCCAAAAUGCAGUUGAGCUCUACCGAAGUGUUUGUGAACUGGGAAGUUGGUCUGAGAAGUUCCUGACUGCAUACUUUGCUUACCAGGCCAGUGACACAGAUUCAUCUCUUGUUCAAUAUGCAUUUUUAGCAGAAAUGGGAUAUGAAGUAGCUCAAAGUAAUUCAGCUUACAUUUUGGAAUCUGAAAAGGUUAAAAUUCUCAGGGAAGAUCACAAGUAUCCAUUGGCACUUCUCCUGUGGAAGAGAGCUGCAGCUCAAGGCAAUGCAUUUGCUAGAGUCAAAACUGGAGACUACCACUUCUACGGUUAUGGAACUAAGAAGGAUUAUGCCACAGCAGCAUUUUAUUACAGCCUGGCAGCUGAUCACCAGAAUGCUCAAGCCAUGUUUAAUCUGGCAUAUAUGUAUGAACAUGGUUUAGGUAUUCCAAAGGAUAUAUAUUUGGCUAGGAUGUGGUAUGCUGUUGCAGCAAAAACAAGCCCAGAUGCUUCCAUUCCAGUGUUCUUAGCAACUUUGAAACUAGAAGUUACUGUUCUACUCAGAGGAAUGAAGUUUUUCAAGAUUAUUACACAAUGGAAACUGUCAGAACUUGGACCGCACUGGGAUCUGCUUGCAGCGGCAAUCAUAGUCAUUUUGCUUCUUCUCUUAAUUAGAAAUAGGUACAACUAGGCCAACAUUACUGACAAAGUCUUUUGGCAAUUACUCUUCUUUAUAUUCUGAACUAAUAAAAUGUGUAUUACU